CGGGUAGGUUCGCUGAUCGUAGAAGAGAGUGCACUUGAGAAAGCCCAUCGUAGGCUGUCUCGACGUGUAUGUUUUGAACAGUUCGCAACAUGUUAAUGAGUUUUUAUCAAAUUCUUAUUAAAAAUUCAUGCAGUGUGUUCAGUAUACGAAAGAAAAUUAAUAGUGCAAGACAUUUACCCUCUUGAUCAAGUAUUUUUCUUAGUAUCAAUUGUGCAAUACGGAAAGUGAAGAACGAUGCCAGGCAAAGGAAGGAGAAGAGGAAAAUCCGGUCAUGGUGGAAAAAGAGCUGAAUUAACAUCAGACGAGGACUCUGUUAAUGAUGCAUGCAGUGUAACCAGUAGCCAGUCUGAUAAUCGCAGCAUGUUAGACGACGUGAACGACAACGAGGUAGAUGAAAUUUCCCAGCAAGAGGCCUUCGAAGAGAAAUUGAAGGAAGCUAUAGACGGUUUAACCCAGAAGAGCGCAAAAGGGAGAACCAUUUGCUUCAGUGGAAUUGAGAAGAUCUUUGCCAUUAAAUACGUCCCGGAUUUCGUGGAGGAUAGAAAAAUGACUAUCACAGAUUCUAUAGAACGGGGAUUGAAGAAGGGACGUAGCGAGGAACAGUCGACAGCAGCUAGAUUGAGUACUUUGCUUUGCGUUCAACUGGGAGCCUUUGAAAGUGCCGAGACGGUAUGCCGUGAUUUGAAAAGUAUCCUGACCUUCAUUGCGAGCGACCCAACAGCCUCGACUCAAGCCCGUGCAGAGUGUUGCUGGGCUCUGAGCAUGAAUCAGUUUCUGUCAGGAAACGAUGCAGCGGACACCAUCGAAAUCGUUCAGUUAUUAUCAAAUAUUUUCUCUGGUUCUUAUUUAAAAGGAAAUGGUGCUCUUGCAAAUAUUACAACGGAAGUGGCAGCAUUACACGCGGCAGCUAUAUCAUCCUGGACUCUUCUUUUAACAGUUAUGGCACCAGCUGAUAUCUAUAAUUUACUUACAAGUAAUAAAACAAAUAGUUACAUGCCGUCCCUAAAUAAAUUGUCAGAAUUAUUAGAAUCACCGCAUUUGGAUAUAAGGUUGUCGGCUGGAGAAGCUUUGGCUGUUAUAUUCGAACUCGGCCGAGAUUUUUCUUCAGAUUAUGAGCAAGACUGGGCAUUGGACUUGACUGAGGUAUUAAAAGAACUGGCUACAGAUUCUAAUAAGUACAGAGCAAAGAAAGAUCGUAAGCAACAGAGAGCCAAUUUCAGAGACAUACUUCGUUACAUAGAGGAGGAUACUGUACCGGAGAUGCACGUGAAAUUCGGCCAAGAAGUUCUCUAUUUGGAAGGAUGGUGCACACGAAUUCAAUACAAUGCAUGCUGCAGACUACUGGGUCCUGGUAUAAAUAUUCAUCUGGCCGUGAAUCAACUUCUCCGCGAAAUUUUCCACCUUGGUAACAAAGUCGUGCCGUUACCAUUAAAUCAGAAAACAAGUAAAUUGGAAAGAACUUUAAUGAAUGCAGCCGCGUUUAAAGCCCGUACUAUUCAACGUAAUAAAAACAGAGAUAAACGAUCAGCAGCCUUGGCACCGUAAUUCUUCAAUUUUCUGCUUUUAUACGUUAGAUGAUGACGUCUUUCUUCUUUUAAAAUAAUGUAAACUCGAUUGAAAUUUUUAUUUAUUACAACCCCGUUCGAAGAAUAUGAAACUUAAAUAUAUUUUCCAUAAUGAUCUAGCUUAAAUUGUAAAUAGAAAAUGAACAUGAACAAGAAAUUAUAGUCAAAUUUGAUUUCAUUUGUUAGUUGAAAUUUUUCUAUCUCUAUCCUAAUUAGCCGAAAACAAUUACUGUUGUAUAAUGUUAUUUAAUACCACUUACGUUUUGUAUAUACUCAACUAAAAAAAUAUGUAUAUACGAUAAGCGCUUGGUGAUGAUUGUCAUUGUUUCUUUGUCAAAUCAAACUACUAGUGUCAGUUAACAAUUUUGUAAAGUUUAAUGUUGUAAAUGUUCCGCUAUAAGCGAUAUAUAAUAUAUAUAUACGUAUUAAAAAAAAAAAUCUUUGUUUAUAGUAUACGCGAAUGAAACUUUGUUAUUUUUAAUGAUCGAGUAUUUACAAUAUUUUAACCUUCAUAAGUGUUUUAUUUAAAGUAUACGUUGAAUCGUAUACAGUAUUUGAUCGUCUUAUAUGCUACAUGUAACUAUUUAAAUAAAAUACUUAAUUAAGAAUUGCACGUAUAUACUGGCAUUGUACAUAAUUACAUGAGUUAUAGUAUAAUUAUAGGUAUCUUCGUUAUAUCAUACAAUAAAAUAAAGUAAGAUACUUGCGAUA